CACCAACGUCAAGUUUUCUAGAAUAGGUGUAAUUUUUGUUAAAUAUAUACAAAUCCCUUACAAGAAACUAAUUAUAGCAAGUUUUAAGACGUGCAGCGUGCGCGCUGUGGAGCUAUAAGCUAUAAGAGCAGAUAGUUAGGACACGUCUUACACUUAAAAUAAAAACACACAGACUACUCUGCUUAGUAAUAAGAGAACCCUAGCAACAGAAUGCCACCAGAAAGCGAUACUAUUAAAGCCCAAGUGCUAGAACAGAGGCAAGAGAGCCUAGGCCCAGAGGCUCAGAUCGACAGGGAAAUGGACAGAGAGGACCCCUACCCAGCCACUCCUACCCAGCAACCAGCCAGCCAAGAGAGCAAGGCAGGCAUAACAGCCCCUGUUGUUAAAGAGGUGUUGGUUAGCAGAAAGAACAACCUAAUCAUCACAACAACUAAAGGAUACUCUGGCGAAUUUCUACUACAGCAAAUUAACACCUGGCAAAACCAACUCCAAGUCAAAAAGGCCCAACUAAUUGAAGCCUGGACUAAGGUAGUAGUCCAUAGAGUGCCAACAACGUUCGAAGGAGCCAAAUCGCUCCAGGUCCUCCACAACAAGAUCCCAACCUACAACAAAGGACAAACUAUUAAGAGCAAGCAGACUAGCUCUAUAGUAGUUGCCUUUAAGACAGAAGAGGAAGCUAAGAAGAUAGGCAGUAGGAUCACAAUCCUAGACCAGUCUCUCCGAACCGAGAAAUACAGGUCCACGCCACCUACAACCCACACAACUGCUCAGCACAACUGCUCAAGCUGCAGCAUGAAAGGAAAGCCAUGCAGACACACUCUCCCCAAGUGCUACAACUGUAAAAAGCCCCACUUCGCUAAUAGCAAAGACUGCGAGAUCUUUCUAGCUAUAACAAAGAGAGGCCCUUAGCAGCCAUCUCUAUGUUAGAGAACAUUAAGAUUCUACAAGUGAACCUAAACAAGAGCCUACACGCCACAGAGUCAACGCUACAACUAGCAGUCAAGCUUAAAGUUGAUAUCAUUGCAGUCCAAGAGCCAUGGAUUGCCCCAUUAAGCAACAACAACUACUCAGCAGCUAGGUCAGUUGCCCACCAAGCAUUUACCCAGCUGCUCCCACUAGCAGAUAACAGUCUCCGCCCAAGG